GUCGACCACGUGUUCAGCGAAGACUGUUUGGGACCCGAGUGUAAGCUCGUGAUUGUGGUCAGGAGUGACCUCAAGAUGGGAAAGGGAAAGGCGUGCGCACAGGCAUCACAUGCGGCUGUGAUGGCAUACGAGCAGAUCCGCAAACAGAAGGCUUUGUUGAACUUAUGGCGACUUUCGGGUCAGAGGAAAGUCGUGGUCAAAGUGGACACCGAAGAGGAGCUCCUGGAGAUCGAUAGGGAGGCCCGCAAAGCAGGGUUAGUGACGAGUCUUAUACGCGAUGCCGGACACACGCAAGUGAGCCCCGGCUCCCGGACCUGUCUAGGCGUGGGUCCCGGCCCUCAACAGCUGGUCGACAGAGUGACGGGUCAUCUCAAGCUCUACUGACCCUCUCAUCGCUUAAUCUCUUAAAAAAUCAAUUAUUUUUGUACAAAC